AUGGCGACGAUGACCUCGACCUCAACCACCACCCAAACCCGGCCGCCAUCCAACCCAACGGCGCCAUCCUACAAGAACUUCCUCACACCCCUCCUACAUCGACGCUUCACCCAUGCCGCCCUGCUGGUGCUAGGACAAUGCUACAUCUACGCCGUCCUCUUCUCCCCCUCACACAAAUUACUAUGGAAGCUUCUACCGCUUGGCCUGACAGGUCUACGUACCUUUCUGCUCUUCAUACCCGCUCUUGCAGUCUUCAUCAUCCGUGUAAUGAAUAUGCAUAUCGGAGAGCGAACGACGACCAGCGGACUGGAGACGGUGGUUCAGAAGGUCCUUGAUACAAGAGCCUGGGCGACUGUCUUCUGGUACGUCUUCAGCGCCUGGUUUUAUGGAGAGGUCUACAUCUGGAGUAGGACGAAAGAGGCGAAUCUGGGCUGGAUCGAUUAUGGCAGGAGCUAUGAGAGGCCGAAGGUGAAUGAGAACCCGGUGGCCCUCAGGAGUGUCUACAUCCUGCUUGCUAUUGCGCAGGCUGUCUUGCACCUUUGGCGAGACUAUGAUAUGGUAGCAAUCGAGGAGACGGAGGCUAGGGAGAGCAAGCAGACGGCGGAGUCGCAGAUCCCUGGACCCUUGACACUACUCAUGCUCCAAGCACAACCCCUCGCUGGCCGGCUCGUGAAGCUCUCCUUUCCCGGCAGCAUCUUCAGCGCCGUCGUCUACCUCUUCAUCGUGCGCCACACCGUCUGGAACUGGCUAGCCUAUCCCGUCGCAAAACUAAUGCUAGGCCGCGAACUACCCGGUAACGACGGCCCCUCGGCGAUCAGCGGGCCCAUGCAACUCUUCUGGCAAGCCGGCACCUCCAUCACAAUGCUCAUCGCCUUAUGGGAAAUCAGCAACGCCAUCUUCAGCAUCUACGUCGCCCAAUUACCCUUGAAACGAGGCCAAACCCUAACAGCCGAGAUCAAAGACGCCGGCGGCCGCGUCAUAAGCAAGAGCGCCGACCCGAACGGCAGUCUUAUAAGAGGCUUGAAAGCGAAGAAAGACAUCCCGCGCUCCUUUGCCUUCUGGGAGCUCCACCUCAUCGUCACCUGGUACGAGACGCGAAGAAAAAGCAUCUUCGCCGAAGUCGACCGGGUCGGCGGCUCAAGCUGGUCUCAAAUCAGCACCCACUGCCUCGACGAGAUCAUCGCAAUCUCCACCCGCAUCCAGCGCUCCCAGGAACCAACGGAAUACCAGAACAAGAUGUCCGCCGCCGACCUCCAGCGUCAACAGCAGCAACAACUCGUCGCUUCACAGCAGCAGAAAAGCCACGGUCUACCCAAAAUCGCCCAACAACAAGUCCACAACGACCGCGCCAUCCUCCAACAACCAGCUGGAAAACAAGAUCCAACCAACACCGUCGGCGCCCUCGCCCGCUCCCUCGGCCAGAGUCCCGCCCAAACAAACCCCAUGGUCCAACUCAGCCGGCAAGCCCUCACCUACAGCCUCGAGCGCACCCACGCAUCCCAAACCCUCAGCCCUUCAGGCCUGCAGGGAAAUCUCCAGCAAUACAUCCUCCAAUUCCUCCGCAGCCCCGCCGGCGAACCCUUGCGCCGAACCUUCGGCUCCCAAGUCCGAGCCGUGGUCUUAGGGGUGCCCUAUAGCAACGGUGCGAACAUUCUCCAUGCCUCGCGCGCACUAGUGGGUUUAGCGACGGCGAGUCUGAGGGAAGAUCCCUUUGGCCUCGUGGCGAAAUCUCUCCCCCAAAUCCUGAGGACAUACACGGCUGUUAUCUUGUCUAUACGGAAUUUCAUCGCGACGCUACGGCCGCAUUGGAGCGAUGUGCUGUUUGAUGAACGGGAGCGGGAUUUAUGGGGUGGUGGUGGGGAUGCGAAGGGCGGUUCCGGGUUGGGGUUGGAGGGGGUGAGGGAAGUGAUGGAGGGUUUGUGCUUGGGAUUGGAGGAGUUGGUGUUGGGGUUUGGGGAGUUUGCGGGACAGUUGGGAAUUUCACGGGCGGAGUUGAGGGGGGCGAGGGAGGCGGUUGCGGUGGGGAAGCGGAAAGAGAUGACGGAUCAGCAGGAGGAGGGGAAGAGAUGA